GUAACGAAGCCAACCAACAUAGAUAUUUUGAUACUAAUUACUCUAAUUCCAAAUUCUAAACCCUAAUCCUUCUUCUUCUUCUUCUUCUUCUUCUUCUUCUCUCCACAUCUUCUUAUCCUCUCUACAAACCAACCAUGGCUUCUGCGACCGCCACGUGGACACCUACCUCUCUCCAGCUCCGUCUCGCUUUGAGCUCCGGCGUUCGCCGGAAUUCACGCGCUGCUUACUUACGACCAUCGCGAUUAGCUAGGAAAUCCGGUUAUGGAAUUGUUUGUGUUUCGCAGAAGCCUGAAGUUGAUGCGUGGACUGGAUCGGAUUCGUCAAAGUCGUCGGCUGAUAAUUUGGCUGGGUGGGAUGAUUCCGAUAAUGAUGAUAAGAAGUCUUCUAGAGCUAAGAAGAAGAGUUUGAUUGAAGGUGUAGUUGGUGCUGGAGUCGCUGGAAUCAUUUUGUUUCUUGGGCUAAGCUAUGCAGCAGCUUCUUUUAGCAAGCGAACAAAAAAACAGGAAAUGCAUUCGUUGACUUCUCAGCAGGAAAGCAUGAUUCAGUCAUCUGAUGAAACUUCUAGUGAUGAGAUCAAGGUAGCUAACAGUGAGGGAAACAAUUAUAAGGACGAGGAUAAGAGGAUAGAAAACAAUGAUGUAGCUCAGCAAAGUGAUGAAGGGUCUGGUGAAGAUAAACUACUUGGUAACGAGACGUUGUCAGUUGAUGGUGUCAUGCUUGAUGAAGCGGAUGCCACUGAAAGUAUCCCCCAGAAUACGCCUGAAGCAGAUUUGAUAAUCAGUGUGGAAACUGAUCCUGAGACAGCAGAAAGUGAGAAAAUAAUUUCUGAAUCUAAGUCUCUGUUAGACUCAUCCACUGAGCCUAUUCUUCUAGAUGCAGAAAGUAGUAAUCUUGUGGGCGUGGAAAAUACAAAUUCUGAAGAUCCAGAGAGUCUCCCGAACACUGAACCAACCAAUGUGUCUGAUUUAGAAAAUCGUGUUAACAGUCAGAAGGAAGAUUCCCUGUCUUCUCUAUCUGACAUCGAUGCUUUUGCAGCCUCUGGGACUGUAACUGAGGAGCUUCCUGAGGUUUCUUCACAAUCAGAUUCGACCUCGAAUCCUCAGAUUGUGCCAGAAUCAACAGAUGGGUCAAAAGAUGAACUAAACAUAGAUAGUCAAGAUGACCUUGACGACAACGGAACGCUUUUGGAAAUACCGAGUGGUGGAAGUGCAUUUUCUUCUGCAGGAAUUCCUGCACCUUUUAUGUCUGUUAUAGUUAAUCCUGGAAAGAUUCUUGUCCCCGCAGCUGCGGAUCAGGUCCAGUGUCAAGCAUUUGCAGCUCUGCAAGUUCUGAAGGUCAUUGAAACUGACAUCCAACCUAGUGAUCUAUGUACUCGCAGAGAAUAUGCCAGGUGGUUGGUUUCUGCCAGCAGCGCGUUGUCAAGAAACACAACCUCAAAAGUGUAUCCUGCUAUGUAUAUAGAGAAUGUUACUGAGCUUGCUUUCGAUGAUGUUACUCCCGAAGAUCCUGAUUUUUCAUCCAUUCAAGGGUUGGCAGAAGCAGGACUUAUCGCGAGCAAGCUUUCUAACCGUGAUUUGCUUGACGAUGUUGAGGGCACAUUCUUAUUUUCCCCUGAAAGCCUUCUUUCACGCCAGGAUCUUAUAAGCUGGAAAAUGGCCUUGGAGAAACGACAGCUUCCGGAAGCUGAUAAAAAGAUGCUGUAUAAACUCUCGGGUUUCAUCGACAUCGAUAAGAUAAACCCAGAUGCAUGGCCAGCCAUCAUCGCAGAUUUAUCUACUGGGGAGCAAGGAAUUGCUGCCCUUGCAUUUGGUUGUACAAGAUUGUUUCAGCCUCAUAAACCGGUCACUAAAGGGCAAGCUGCCAUUGCUCUUUCAAGUGGUGAGGCAUCUGACAUUGUCAGUGAGGAAUUGGCACGUAUCGAAGCAGAAUCCAUGGCUGAAAAAGCUGUGUCUGCGCAUAACGCCCUCGUUGCAGAGGUCGAAAAGGAUGUCAAUGCCAGCUUUGAGAAGGAGCUUUCCAUGGAACGAGAAAAGAUUGAAGCAGUCGAGAAAAUGGCGGAACUGGCGAAAGUGGAGUUGGAGCAGCUGAGGGAGAAGAGAGAGGAAGAGAAUCUGGCAUUGGUGAAAGAACGAGCUGCGGUUGAGUCAGAAAUGGAGGUGCUCUCACGGUUAAGACGUGAUGCAGAAGAGAAGCUGGAGGAUUUGAUGAGUAACAAGGCAGAGAUAUCCUUUGAGAAAGAGAGGGUUUUCAACCUUCGAAAAGAGGCUGAAGAAGAGAGCCAGCGGAUUUCAAAGUUGCAGUAUGAAUUGGAAGUUGAACGAAAAGCCUUGUCCAUGGCCAGAUCAUGGGCCGAGGAGGAAGCAAAGAGAGCUAGAGAACAAGGAAAAGCCUUAGAGGAGGCUAGAAAGCGAUGGGAAACAAAUGGACUGAGAGUUGUUGUUGACAAAGACCUUCAAGAGACGAGCAGCGGAGAGACAGAACAAAGCAUAGUACUAAACGAAAUGGAGAGAUCCUCAGUUGAAGAAACCGAGGAGAGAGCCAAAACCCUGAUGGAUAAGCUUAAGGAGAUGGCUGGAACCGUGAGUGGAAAAUCCCGGGAAGUGAUCUUCAUUGUGAUGGAGAAAAUACGUUUAUGGAUUACAAUUUUGAAGGAAUACGCAGUUAAUUUAGGGAAGCGAGCCGGGGAAAUGAGAGAUGCGGCCAUAGUUAAGGCGAAAGUAGCCGCGACAGAGGUUGAGAAAGGGACAGUUCAGGUGAGCGAUAAGGUGAAGAAAAUGGCUGAGGAGUGUAGAGAUGGAGUUGGGAAGAUCUCUCAGAGGUUCAAGACCUAAAGUAACAGUCUUUUAACUUUUUGUAUAUUGUUUCUAUAUGAUAAAAAUAAAAGAGAAUAAUGGGAUGGCCAUUACAUUUACAGUAUUGGUCAGUGUUGAUCGGAAUUCAAAAUUGUAUUAUUUUGUAAUCUUUGUUGUGUGGUUACACUUCUUUCACUCCAGUGCACUAUGUUAUAGUUUCCUAGGUACUUAUAGGCACUCUUCACUACAAAUUUUCUAGUUUAAACCAUUUGUUAUGUCUAUCUAAUUAAGGUUAUAAUCAAUA